UACAUCCAAUUUUCCCCCUCGCUUUGCACUCUCAAUUUAGGGUUUCUCUCCUCCACAAAAGAAGAAAACCCUAACAACAAUGGCAACCGCAGCCCCUGUGGAGUCGGUGCAAUGUUUUGGCCGCAAGAAGACAGCUGUCGCCGUCACAUACUGCAAGCGCGGCCGCGGUCUUAUCAAGAUCAAUGGCUGCCCAAUCGAGUUAGUGGAGCCUGAGAUCCUCCGCUUCAAAGCCUACGAGCCAAUCCUCUUACUCGGAAGACACCGUUUCGCUGGUGUCGACAUCAGGAUUCGCGUGAAGGGAGGAGGACAUACUUCGCAGAUCUAUGCGAUCAGACAGAGCAUUGCUAAGGCGCUCGUGGCAUUUUACCAGAAGUACGUGGACGAGCAGAGCAAGAAGGAGAUCAAGGACAUUCUUGUGAGGUAUGAUAGGACCUUGCUGGUGGCGGAUCCCAGACGGUGCGAGCCCAAGAAGUUUGGUGGUCGUGGUGCCAGAGCUAGGUUCCAGAAGAGUUACCGUUGAACGGAAGAGUUGUUGUUUUAUUGUCUCGGUUUGUUUUUACUUAUCAAAUUUUGGGUAUUUGGACCUCAGAUGGAUAUUAAUGGAAUGAAUUAGUGUUGUUUUGAUGUUCUAAGCGGUUUUGAAUAGUCUUUGUUAUUAUCAUUAUUAUGGAUAAUUUGUUUAAGCUUAAUGGAUGAUUGAAGUUGUUAAUUCA